UACCUGCCAGCUCCUGGGAGGCAGGGACUCUGCUUUGGUGUCUAGGACAGUAUCUCCUUGUUGGGGGCUCAGACUUUCAGAUCAUAAAAUAAUUUAAAUGAACAUGUAACUUUGUGUGUAGUCAGUGAGGUAAUAGAGUUACCACCUAAAUUCUGGAAAGUGCCUUCCCACUACCAACUUUUAAACAUUUAUGAGGAAGAGGUAGGUUUUCCAAAACAUUGCUCUGUGAAAAGUUAACAUUACUCCAUUCACUCUUUACAAAAUAAAUCACUGCUGCUUGAAAAAAAUGACCAUUUGGGGAAGACAAUUUUAAUUUUUUAAAUGACAGCAACAGGAACAAAUAUUAAUUAGCAAAAUUUAAUCAAGAUUAAAUUUGGUGGAGGCAAUAAAAAAUACUGCUUUCUGGUGUGGGAUAAUAUCCUUCUACACAUGGCUAUCUUUUCUCAGUAGCUUUAACGUCUUUUGCACUUAAGCAUUUUUGCUGCAGCUUAAUAUUGACUUCUGUGAAUAAGUACAAUAUUGCAUAAGCACAAGUCACCAGAAUUAUUAAAGCAAUUAUACUGACCAGAAUAACAGCACAUGCUAAAAAUCAUUCUUAAGGAAACCCCACCUCCCCAUUAAAAAAUGGUAGAAAAAUUGUUUGUAUGCCUUAUUUAGAAUGAGUCUCUACAUAAUACUAAUGACAGUGUUUCCAGCUCUUCCCUCUGGUGUUUUACAAACGUUUUCUUCCAUAGGUUCUGAUAAUGUCAGACGCUGCUCCAGGCAGAGCAGCUCAUUCAUUAAAGGCAAGAGGGAGUGUGUCUUCUCUGAGCAGCCAUGAAUUCAGGCCUAAGGAACUUCAUGGAUGUACCAAAGACUCUCUGAGUACUGUGUCUUACGUGGAUGAGCCUAGCCAACGUGAUGAUGCCUCGCGCCUCACGGUUCAAAUGGAAAACACCUAUCAGCUGGGUCCUACCAAAUAUUUUCCUGUGGUCCUUGUCAACCAUAUUCUGAAAGAUGUGUUAACUAACUAUCUACAAGAAGAACAGUAUGAACCGGAGCUCUCUAGACAGAUGACUAAAACCAUUUCUGAGGUUAUUAAAGGCCAGGUCAAGGACUUGAUGAUUCCCCGGUAUAAGCUAAUUGUGAUUGUUCACAUUGGACAACGGGAGAGUCAGAGCAUACUGAUUGGAAGCAGAUGCCUCUGGGAUCCUAAAAGAGAUACCUUUUCAUCUUAUGUUUUCAGAAAUUCUUCCCUCUUUGCUCUUGCAUAUGUCUAUGCAGUUUACUUGGAGUGAUUGAAAAUAAGAAAUCUAGUUCUUACUUUUUUUAAAUCAAGAAAUAGGUUGUAUUUAUGUAUGCAAGUUUUAUUGCACAAAAUUUUGAGAAAGAAGCAACAUUAAUAUUUAAAAGAACUGGUAUUUGGGGCUUUGUUAGACUUGUAAGGACUGGGGGAGAGGGAGGUGGCACAAGAAACUUGUUUUCCAAAGAAGGAACUAAAUCUUAGUUCUGCAGAGUUGUUUUUCAUAGACAUAGAUUAUUAUUAAAUAUUACUUUGGUACUAAUUACCUUAAUUACUCUUCAAUUAGAGAGCUAGAAUUUCCUUCAUAGAAAGGUUUUUAUUUUAAAAAAAAAUGUAUGGCUAUAUGCUCUGACCAAGAAAUGGUAGAAUAUUCAAUAUGGUAUAUGCAAAUGAUAAAUGUUAAUAUGUCUCAGUGCUGCCUAUAAAACAAUACUGGUUUUCAUUUUGUACUUAAUAAAUUGAGCAGCAUUCAUUAGCUGCAAUUAUUGUUACGUGUACCUGACAGUUGAAACUGCUGAGGUAGAAUUAAUGAUUUCAUAACAAUUAUCAUAGUCCCACAGGGCUGCUAGCUAAAACUAGAAGCUCUUGUGGGUUGCCUGUACUUUACAAAACUGUGGGAGAACUGAAUGUUGGCUCUUUAAUAAUGGAAACUAUAGUGAACAAAAGGCUUUUUAGGGUACUGAAGUAGACGUUGUAAUAUUAAAUGUAC